UCUCGCUCUCUCUCUUUCUCUCUCAAAAUCUUUCUUGAAGUGAAAUUGGGUAGCAGAACCUAUAUGUUUUGGGUUUUAUUUAUUUAUUAAGGCAAACACAUAUUGUUAUUCCUAUCAUGAAAUAAUAUUAUAUUUGUGAGAGAGCUUUUUCAUUGUUAUUAUGGUAGAUUUGUAAGAAAGGAGCUUCCUUCACGGUUUGGAACAGGGGGCGGGGCUAUGAGGAAACAACGCCGGGUUUUUCAGACUAGACUCGGCUAUAAAAGUUGUUAGAACAUUGAGAGAAGGAAUCGGUCAUCCACGAGACCACGGACUUGGAGAUGACCUAAAGCUGCUAAAACAGAAAGGAAUGGGAAAUUCAGUAUGUAAUCCAGAUUGCCCAGCUCUUCCUCGUGAUGCUAUUGAGGAAAUUCUUUAUAACCUGCCUGGCCAGCAGGUGAUUCUUGUGUGCCGCCUGGUGUGUACUGAGUGGAAGUCGGUGGUGGACAGCACUGCAUUUUGGAGAGAGCGAUGCCGUAGGGAAGGAUUCAAGCCUCUCAAUACCCAUAAAGUCCCAAGAGAUUGGCAGGAGUAUUAUUUUCUAUGUAAGAAGCGACGGAAUCUGUUGAAGAAUCCCAAUGCAGAAGAUGGCUUCACUGGCUGGAACAUCAUAGAAAAUGGAGGUGAUAAAUGGGUUGUAGAGAAUAUGUUCUCACCUCACCCAGAUGAGACUGUAACAAAAUGCUUUGUUACCUCUUAUUUGCAGUGCAUAAAGAGUCAGCUGAUCGACCUUGAGAAAGAAGGGUACAAUCCUGCGUUUAUGGAUGAAAUUCAGCCAGACAUUGUGAUAUCAGAUUGGUAUGCUCCACGGUGGGACUGUGGCAGUGUAUAUGAAAUUCGUGUCGAGUUACUCAAUCGCAAGAAGAAGACUGUCCAGUUCUUUCAACCAGAUCCAGUGGAAUUUCCACAAUGGAAUGAUCAGCAAUGGGAACAAAUGACAUACACCUUUAAGGACUACGGACCUGGUGUUCGAUUUAUCCAUUUUAAACACGGAGGGAGGGACACACAGUUCUGGGCUGGACAUUAUGGAAUAAGGGUUACUAACAGUAGUGUGGAAAUCUGCCCAUCAGCCUAAAAUAGCCAUUUUUAUACACCUAUGGGAAAUGGAAGACAAUAUUUUCAAGUCUUAUGUAAAAUAGUGUAAUAUAUUAUUAUUAAUGUUCUUGUGCAAGAUGACAUCGAUUAAUGUUGUUGAUGUUGAUCUUGAGCUGCUAUGAUAUUUAAGGUGCCUAUUUAACACAUUGUUACAUUACUUUACUGUUGUCUUUGUAUAUUAAAUCUUUAUUUUUAAAUUUGUCUAUGAUGCUCGAGACCAUUCUUACAUUUAAUUGUGAAAGGGGCUCAAUGACUUUUUCUGACGUCUCAGGAUCUUCACUGACAUACAGCAAAUGUUGAUAUGUGCAUCAUAUUAAAACAUUCAAACAUCAGACCUCUAACUGGUGCCUUUAACCAAACUUUCUUCCUUCACUUUUGUAGUUUCAUUUUUGCUUAAUAAAUAUAUAUAUAUAUUCUCA